AUGUCGAACGAAGAAUAUUACGACGAGGAUCCAUAUGGAUUCGAGGAUGAGAGCGCGCCCAUUACCGCAGAGGAUUCAUGGACCGUCAUUUCCUCCUUUUUCAGGGAAAAGGGGUUGGUGUCGCAACAGUUGGACUCCUUUAAUCAGUUUGUCGACUACACUUUGCAGGACAUCAUUUCAGAAGACUCGAGACUGAUUUUGGAGCAGCUGGCACAACACACCACGGAGGCGGAUAAUAUCAGUAGAAAAUACGAGAUUAGUUUUGGUAAAAUCUAUGUUACCAAACCCAUGGUGAACGAAUCGGACGGUGUGACGCAUGCGUUGUAUCCUCAGGAGUCCCGUUUGCGUAACUUGACUUACUCUUCCGGGCUGUUCGUUGAUGUGAAGAAGAGGACAUAUGAGGCUAUCGAUGUUCCUGGUAGAGACUUGAAGUAUGAAUUGAUUGCAGAAGAAUCAGAGGACGACAGCGAGCGCGGGAAAGUAUUCAUCGGUCGUCUGCCGAUCAUGCUGAGGUCGAAGAAUUGUUAUCUAAGUGAUGCCACCGAAUCAGACUUGUAUAAACUGAAGGAAUGUCCUUUUGAUAUGGGUGGUUACUUUAUCAUUAACGGUUCUGAGAAGGUGUUGAUUGCCCAAGAACGUUCGGCAGGUAACAUUGUGCAAGUGUUCAAAAAGGCAGCUCCAUCUCCAAUUUCGCACGUGGCGGAGAUUAGAUCCGCGCUGGAGAAGGGUUCCAGGUUUAUCAGUACACUGCAGGUCAAGCUUUACGGUCGUGAAGGUAGUUCUUCUCGUACCAUCAAGGCAACCCUACCUUACAUCAAGCAAGAUAUUCCCAUCGUUAUUAUAUUUAGAGCGCUCGGUGUCAUUCCAGAUGGUGAGAUUCUUGAGCACAUCUGUUACGACGUCAACGAUUGGCAAAUGCUGGAAAUGUUGAAGCCUUGUGUGGAGGAUGGUUUUGUUAUUCAAGAUCGUGAGACAGCAUUAGAUUUCAUUGGUCGUCGUGGUACAGCACUGGGUAUUAAGAAGGAGAAGAGAAUUCAAUAUGCUAAGGAUAUCCUACAGAAAGAAUUCCUACCUCACAUCACGCAAUUGGAAGGUUUCGAAAGUAGGAAAGCGUUUUUCUUAGGGUAUAUGAUCAACAGGUUGCUGUUGUGUGCCCUUGAUCGUAAAGACCAAGAUGAUCGUGAUCAUUUCGGUAAAAAGAGACUAGAUUUGGCUGGUCCUUUACUGGGACAGCUGUUCAAAACGCUAUUCAGAAAAUUAACGAAGGAUAUCUUCAGAUACAUGCAGAGAACUGUCGAAGAGGCUCAUGACUUCAAUAUGAAACUGGCAAUCAAUGCUAAAACUAUCACCUCAGGGCUGAAAUACGCAUUAGCGACUGGUAACUGGGGUGAACAGAAAAAGGCUAUGUCUUCGAGGGCCGGUGUUUCUCAAGUUUUGAAUCGUUACACCUACUCCUCGACAUUGUCACAUUUGAGAAGAACAAACACACCCAUUGGUCGUGAUGGUAAGCUGGCUAAACCUCGUCAGUUACACAACACCCAUUGGGGGCUGGUCUGUCCGGCUGAAACUCCUGAAGGGCAAGCUUGUGGUUUGGUCAAGAACCUAUCCUUGAUGUCGUCGAUAUCGGUUGGUACGGAUCCAAUGCCGAUCAUCACAUUUUUGAGUGAAUGGGGUUUGGAACCUUUGGAAGACUAUGUUCCACACCAAUCUCCGGAUGCUACUAGAGUAUUUGUCAACGGUGUCUGGCACGGUGUCCACAGAAACCCAGCUAGGUUAAUGGAAACGUUGAGAACUCUUAGAAGAAAGGGUGAUAUCAACCCUGAAGUUUCUAUGAUCAGAGAUAUUCGUGAAAAGGAGUUGAAGAUAUUCACCGAUGCUGGUAGAGUUUACAGACCACUUUUCAUUGUCGAAGAUGAUGAAGCUUUAGGUCACAAGGAACUGAAGGUUAGAAAGGGCCAUAUUGCAAAGCUGAUGGCUACGGAGUACCAGGAUAUUGAAGGUGGGCUAGACGAAGCGGACGAAUACACUUGGACGUCAUUACUAAACGAAGGUUUAGUCGAGUACAUAGAUGCCGAAGAAGAAGAGACUAUUUUGAUUGCGAUGCAACCAGAAGAUCUCGAACCGGUUAUUGAAGAGGAAAACCCUAUCGACGAUAUGGAUCCAGCAAAACGUAUAAAGGCGUCUCAAAAUGCAACAACCUUUACCCAUUGUGAAAUUCAUCCAUCGAUGAUUCUAGGUGUUGCUGCGUCUAUCAUUCCCUUCCCUGAUCAUAACCAAUCUCCUCGUAACACUUACCAAUCCGCCAUGGGUAAACAAGCAAUGGGUGUAUUCCUGACCAAUUACAACGUCCGUAUGGACACGAUGGCCAACAUCUUGUACUACCCCCAGAAGCCACUGGGUACCACACGUGCUAUGGAAUACUUGAAGUUCAGAGAGCUUCCUGCUGGUCAAAAUGCCAUUGUGGCGAUUGCCUGUUACUCCGGUUACAAUCAAGAAGAUUCCAUGAUCAUGAACCAGUCCUCCAUUGACAGAGGUCUCUUCAGAUCUUUAUUCUUCAGAUCCUACAUGGAUCAAGAGAAGAAAUAUGGUAUGUCUAUAACAGAAACGUUCGAGAAGCCUCAACGUACAAAUACCCUGAGGAUGAAACACGGUACCUACGACAAACUGGAUGAUGAUGGUUUGAUUGCGCCCGGUGUUAGAGUUUCUGGUGAAGAUAUCAUUAUUGGGAAAACCACCCCAAUUUCCCCAGAUGAGGAGGAGUUGGGGCAGAGGACAGCAUACCACUCGAAACGUGACGCAUCCACCCCAUUGCGGAGUACGGAGAAUGGUAUUAUUGAUCAAGUUUUGGUUACUACUAAUCAAGAUGGUCUGAAAUUUGUGAAAGUCCGUGUUAGAACCACCAAGGUUCCACAAAUCGGUGACAAAUUUGCCUCGCGUCACGGUCAAAAGGGUACAAUCGGUAUCACAUACAGUAGGGAGGACAUGCCCUUCACCGCGGAAGGUAUCGUUCCAGAUUUAAUUAUCAAUCCUCACGCCAUUCCAUCGCGUAUGACAGUUGCCCAUUUAAUCGAAUGUUUGUUGAGUAAAGUUGCAGCCUUGUCAGGUAACGAGGGUGAUGCUUCUCCAUUCACAGAUAUUACCGUAGAGGGUAUAUCUAAGCUGUUACGUGAACACGGGUACCAUUCGCGUGGGUUCGAAGUUAUGUACAACGGUCACACCGGUAAAAAACUGAUGGCACAAAUUUUCUUUGGUCCAACCUACUACCAGCGUUUGAGACAUAUGGUCGAUGAUAAGAUUCACGCGAGAGCGCGUGGUCCAAUGCAAGUACUAACGAGGCAACCUGUGGAAGGUAGGUCUAGAGAUGGUGGUCUGAGAUUUGGUGAAAUGGAACGUGAUUGUAUGAUUGCACAUGGUGCUGCCGCAUUUUUGAAGGAAAGAUUAAUGGAGGCCUCGGACUCGUUCAGAGUGCAUAUCUGUGGGAACUGUGGUUUGAUGUCAGUUAUUGCCAAGCUGAGCCAUAACCAAUUCGAAUGUAAAGGCUGUAACAACAAAAUUGACAUAUACCAGAUUCGUAUCCCAUACGCUGCGAAACUGCUAUUCCAAGAAUUAAUGGCAAUGAACAUCACUCCACGUUUAUACACUGACCGUUCGAGAGAUUUCUAA